AAUAUACAAAUGCUAUGAAUCUUUUGAAACGUGUAUUGGAUCACAGUGUUAACAUAAAUCGUCAUCAUAUUAGAAAUUAAUCAAAAUGUAUUCAGAUUGGGCAUCAUUAUAUCCUGUGUUAACAGAGAAUAUUGAGGGUCAACAGGGAGGAAGUGUCCUGGAGAAAUUAUCAGGUGGUGCAGGGAGAGAUGUAGCUUUUGCUGUAGUCAAACAAAUAGCUGGAAAUCUAGGAAUUGCACAAGCCGCUGAGCCCAGUCCCUUAAUAAGUGAUCAAGAAGUUCAAUGGUGCAUGGAAGUGAUUUGCUUUGGCCUAUCACUACCGUUAUCAGAACAUGACACAAUAAGAGACUGUGUAAACAUUUACUGCGAAUGGCUAACCGCAUUGCAUCCAACUCCAAAAGUUAGUGUACCCAAGCCAAUUUGCAAGGACUCAAAUAUAUAUGCAAGAAAAAUGAUCAAACAUUUACAUAAUUUGUUUGUUCCUAGACAAGGAGAAGGAAGUGAUGUUAUAAACAGGCAAGCUGUACUUUGUCAUCGUGUGUUAAGAACUUUGCAGAACACUGCACAAGUUUCAAUCGAUUUGACAAGAGAAACUUGGGAAGCUUUAUUGCUGUUUUUGUUGGCAAUAAAUGAGAUUCUAUUAGCACCUCCAACAAUUAAAGAUGAUGUUGGAGAUCAACUAUGCGAGCGUGUGCUGAGUGUACUAUUUGAAGUUUGGCUUCUGGCUUGCGUAAGGUGUUUUCCUUCUCCGUCCUUGUGGAAGACAUUAAGAGAGUCAUGUAUGCAUUGGCGUCAUCGUGUAGCUCUUAUUGAGCAAUGGAAUAGAAUAAAUCUAGCUCUAACUGCCAGGUUACUUGAAUUUACUUAUGGACCUAAUUUUCCUGAACUUAAAGUAUUGGAGGAAGAUGCCCAGCUUAUUCCACAAGGGAUGUCAAAUGAUUGCGUAGCACAAUCUUGGUUCCGUUUCCUGCACAUUUUGGGAACUCCAGCAUCAUUAUGUAGGCCCAGAGAGAUUGCAAACACACCACGUUUUCACGCAUUUGCUAUGGCUAGUGACGCUAAUGCAACUGAUUCAUGUUACCAUCCUUGUUUACGUGUUUUACCUAUAAUUUUUUUGAAAGCAGUAAAGGGUAUUGCUGGACAAGUUGAUGCAUUUCUCGGCAUGCCACAUUCUUCGAGCUGGGAAGACGUUGAAUUAAGGCGAAGUUCUGGGACCGGGGUCGGCCCGGCGCCCGGAAUUGCUGUAACUUCAUCUGGUCAGACUGGGCCUUCUUCAGUUGGAACUGGUGGUGGAGGAGGGGUAACUUCUGAAGGACGUUUAUCCUCUGGAAGCGUUCACCAUAAUCCAACCCCUCCUGCACAGCGUAGGCUGGCUAAAAGCUUCAGCGUUGCGUCCUCACAAUCUAAGGGUUUGCAAAAGACAUCUUUGAUAGGCUUGACUAGCAGUCGUACACCGAACGUGCCUCCUGCCUCUGCUCCAAGCUCUGGUCCUUCUUCAACGUCGAGUAUUACAUCUGUGAUGUCUUUAGGACAUGAACCAAGAGCGCAGCUUGCAUCAGGAAGACCUAGAUGCAAUAGUGUUCUGCACUUAUUUGGAGAAUGGUUAUUUGAAGCGGCUCAUCAAGGAAGUGAAACGUGGUAUCUCAACAAUAAAAAACAAGCUAGUGAGGUGAGCAAGCGCCCAAGUUCGAUGAUGGUCGAUGCUCGAAAGGGCAAUAUUUCAUUAUCACAACCUACUUCAAUAACUGGUGUUAUGGAUUUGCCUCCGUAUUUAACAAUAGAUAAAUACGAAUCAGGUCGAGCAGAAGCAAUAGGAGCAUUAAGUCGCAUAUUUUGUGCAAAAAAGACUGGUGAAGAAAUUUUACCAGUAUAUUUAGCGAGGUAUUACCUGGCUUUGCAACAGGGUUUGGUUGUCACCGAACCUAAAGAAUGUGGAGAGACCAUGGCCAGCAUUCUUCUAAAUUCUUCUGACUUAUUCAGAUUGGAUUUAGAUGGUGUACAAAUUUUGGUUCCGUCGUUUAUCUCCGCCCUAGAAAUAGUUUUGCCCGACAAAGAUCUCAUAUUAAGAUCAAAUUAUUUUAAUAAAACAGAAUUAAGAAGAAGUAGCAUUCAUUUACUACUUUCUAUGCUUUGUCUGCCACUGCACUUCCAGAAUUUGCCGAUUCGCAAUCUAUUUGGAACAAAUGAUAAAUUGAUAACGUUUGGAUCUCUGAAACCUCGAUUGAUGAAUCUCUUAGUGAACGCUUUGCAAGUGGAAUGGGAUGGCCAAAAUGCUCAUAUGUUGUUGGGCGGUCUGCUUCUAUGUGUGCAGGAUUCUGCUGCAGCAGAAUGCUCCGAUGGAAAUAUUGCCAGGGAUGCAUAUGAUCAACGGAAUCUCCUAAGUUCUGAUUCAGCUCAUGCAUUAUUUGUGAGGGCGACGUAUUUGGUUUGUCAUAGACUAAUUUCGACUUGGAAAACAGAUCUUCAUGUUUCUCUAGCAGCUUUGGAACUUCUUACAGGAUUGGCUAGAAUACAUAUCAGAGAAUCAGAAGCCUUAGAAUGCAAACGUGCCGUGAAGUGGAUAUGUGAUUUUGUGUCAUCUCAAUGCUCUCGUCCACCACCAGCUCACAGCAAAGAUCUACAUAGUGGAAUUGUAGCUGCUUACCAUUGCUUAGCCGUAUGGCUGGUUGAACAUCCGUCAUUGCUGAAUGAUAAAGAUUGUUUGCAAACUGUGAUGGAAGUAGUCGAAUUGGGUAUAUCUGGAUCAAAGAGUGUUGGUAAAACUGGUGAACCUACUAAAAUGAAAGAUGAGAAAGAAUUGAAACCUGUUUCAAUGCGAGUUCGUGAUGCAGCAGAAAAUUUGUUAACAGUUAUUUUGGAACAGGUUGGAUAUUUUCCUUCAUUAUGCGGAGCGCAAAGUCCGUCCUCUUUGCUUGAUGAAAUGGCGUUACUGCGCCAAUGCAAUGCUUGGAAAGAAAGCAAUAAUGCACGUGAAUCUGCUGUCCGAGCCUUCAGAUAUUUUGUAGUUGAAAACACUACACUGCUUGCUCUUUUAGAAGAACCCUUAGGAAAUGAUCAGGAUCCACAACCAACAGUCACAGCUUUGGCUCGUGUUCCUUCCGGUCGUCACGCAUGGAGUAUGCAACUUCGGCAUUUGCCGCGUAGUAAAUCAGGAAGUAAAGCUGGUGCGGUUAAUCCUGGUCGUCCAGUGCCAAUGUCUGAAGCACCUACUGCCCGAGAACCAGAGCGGCACUAUUUUCCAGAAGCGGUGGAUCGUGUACCUCCAUGUAUAGCAGAUGAAUCUAUACCAGCUCUAGAAACUUUAGCAUGUCAUGCAGACCCGGCUACUGUUGCUGUACGAGCAGUGAUAGCAGCACAAAUCUCUCAAGAAAAGCGAUGUUGGCAAGCGGCAGCUGCUUCGGAGCAGGCUUUGUCAAGAGCAAGCGAAUGUCGUCAACCUAAACCUAGGCAUGACUUUCAAACAGCCAGGCUCUUUCUUGCACACUUUGGUUUCUUAGAUCCACGCGAUUUGGAAGAGGACCAAGAACAAACUCACUCUGGUAAUGUAUCAGCGCCUCUAGUAUGUUUGGAUAAUAGCAUUCCUGGUUUCCUCGCUGAUCUGCAGCAGUUAGACGCAAUGAGUCCACGAACCUGCGAUACCGUACACGUUUUUUACGUUCGAUCUGGACAACGGGCUGCACGGGAUAUCGCAGCAAAUGCCGACAGCGCAACGAAUGUUUCGCCUCAUUACCUUGAGGCGUUGAGGUCAUUGGGCUGGCCUGUUAAAGUUAGCGAUCAUGCUGGAUGGACCGGUCAUGCUACAACAAGUUGGAGAACUAAACAGGAUAAAAAGCAAACACAUGAAGAUGCGCCACAACUCAAUCGAGAUCAUGGUGGUGCUCUUUACAAUGGUGAUGAGCAGAUAAUGUAUUGGGCGGAUGCUUCUUCAGAAAUCGCUUUCGUUGUGGCAACCAACUCACAACUAUAUGGUGAUGCGCCAACAUCUAUUACAGGUGCAGAACAGAAUCCAGGACUGGGCGAAAGAAGCGUCAGCGAUGCUUCACCAGCAGCGCAGCAGCGUGCUCAGCAGGCCAAGGGUCGAACCUUAUCGCUUGACUCGGACAAAGCGACAGAUCCUGUUCCACCUCAGCGCCGUAGAACUGGCGGAAUAAAGCCUACCCAACAAUCAGCUACUAAAAUGCUACUCAUAUGGCUUGAGAGCUAUGAAGAUCAUCUCACUGUACCUUUAGAUAAUUUAUUAGCAUACACCGGAACUGGAUUGGAGACAGGUCCUCCUCCUAAAGCUCAAGAUGCAUUAGUUAUAUUUUUGCAUGCUUUGGAUUCUGGCUUACUCAGGGUGCAUUUGCAGGGGCCAGUAGGUAGAAUGACUACCGCAACACCACUUGUUGAUGGAAUGGUUGUUAGUAGACGAGCUCUUGGACCACUUGUGCGACAAACGGCUUUAAAUAUGGCUCGAAGGAGGCGUUUAGAUAACGACAGCUAUCAACCACCACAUGUCAGACGAAGACUUAAAGUGCAAGAAAUUGUGCAGAAAUACCGCAAGAGAUGUCUCAUCCUGAACUUCUAG